UGAAAUUCACGCCACAGAUCAUGCUUCUUUCUUCUCAUGUGAAACGGCAUACAAAACCACACUGUAGCUGGUUGCCAAGGUUGAUGGCAUUCAUGAGGGACAGGGUUAGAAAAAACACCGUGGCUGGUUGUGCGGUGCGGCACGGUUCUCUCGCGCUUUCGGCACCACCGGCGACCGCAUCGACAGCUGCAGGCCUGCAGCAGUUCAAGACCGAGAUCGUGCGAGGCUUCAACCAUGGCGAGCGCGGAUCUGCUGCGGAGGGAGGAGGAGUUCUACUCUUCCCUCUUCGAUUCCGCUAAAGGCGACGGCGUUCGGUCGCGUUCACAGUUGAUUGAGAGGAAGAUUGAAGCCCUCGAGGACAUGGCCACCAAGGUCAGUAACCGGAGAUCGCGUAGAUGGAUGAAUGACCGCUUGCUGAUUGAACUUGUCCCACGGCUUCAUGUUGAGGAAAUCAAAGGCCUCUUUGCUCCUCCACCAUGGGGUGAGGAACUGCCCUUGUCAGCAUUCUGCAGGACAAGUGUUGGUGAAUGGGAUGCCUUCAGGAGCAUUGACAUGGAUGCUGAGGCAAGAUUGAUGCAACACAUGAAAAUAUCAUCGGAAAAACCAAGGACUCAUGUGGACGAAGAUGAGGCAAUUGCGCUGAAUGCUUGGCGCCGUAUAGAUUGCCAAACAAGAGAAUCUUUAAAGAGAAAUUUCCUACCCGAUCUGCUUGAAAUAUAUGAAGAACGAGUUAGGGCCUUCAUUGAAGAUACUAGUGAUAAAGAUGUGCUUGUGCUGAAUGUCCAGGACCCAUUCCAGAGGCUGCUUCUGCAUGGUGUCUGUGAGUUCUACAACGUGACCUCAACAACAACGAGCGGUGCAAGAGACGGGAAGCCGUGGAAGACAACCACCAUCAAGAAGAGGCCGGGCACGGGUAUUCCUUCCAGAAUCACAUUAGUGAGCUUCCUCAGGAUGAAGAAGACUGGGUGCCAACAUUAGUUGCAUGUGGACCCGCGGCUCCUGCGCCCAGAUCUGCCUGGGUGUGUACUAAUGCAUCGUAACAUUGCUCAAGAAGGCAAAUUUGUUGCUUCAUAUGUUCAACUGUAAAUUAUUCAGAUUUACAUUUGAAACACAUUGCAAAGCAUGUGAUGGGUCACUAGCAAUCAGGAUCCUAUUUCGCAUCCUCGUGAUGGUUGUUGGUGCACAGUUUAUUGAAGCCAAUAUAAUCAGAAUUA